CUCUCCUCCUAAUGCUCUAUGAAGUCAGACUGUACGAAGGAAAGGAAAGGAAAGAAGGAAACAUCUGGGUCUUUAAUUUCCCAGCAGUCCUCCUCUCCUCCUCUCUUCAUGUUAAUCUGAUGUGUGUGUUUACGCUCCGUCUCAGCUCGCCGGAUUUUCUUGAAUGAGAUCAGUCGGACAGAUCAGCUUCAGGCCAGAGAGCAGCUGAUUAGAUUUCAGCCGAUCUGGAUUUGUGAAUCCUCCAGAGACUCGAUCUCCCCAACUUCGGGGUGGAGAAAUCCAAUUAGCUUCAGGAUGUAGAGGAACUUGUUCAGAGUUCAGAUGACAAUGUGUCCUGAUGAACAUCUCCUGAAAUCUGCUCCUUGAGAAGCUGCAACCAGUUUGUGUUUGUUUGUCACAACCUUUUAUUGAUCCAUAAGAAGAUAUAUCUAUGGUACUAAGAAAAAAACACCUCAAUGUAGUUUUACAUCUGUCAGGCUUCUCUCUGGAGCUCGAGUAGGCUGACUGUUUUCAGAGUGAUUUGAAUAAAAAUAUAGCAGAUUUCAGGUUAAAAAAAAAAAAAAAAAAAGACAGUUUUUGCGCAGGUCCGGUCAAGAUCACACUUAUGGUAUUUUUUGUCAGUGACACAUUAAAUUACUUGUGUACUGGUGUCGGUGAUAACAACCAGCAGCAGGAGCUUGUUAGUGAGGCUCAGUAAGUUUUGCAUAUAAAUGUGUCCUGUUUUAAACCAGACUUUUACACUAUAUUUAAUUUUGGAUAAGUUUCUGUAGAGCUUCGAGUGUUUGGACAGAGUUCAACAUCCGAGGAGUGUUGUUCCUUUGUUGAAUGAAAAAAAAAAAGGUUUUGGAGAAAGAUUAUGUUUAUAUUCCUCAAAUGAGAGAAACAAAAACAUCAUUCAGUGUCAAACAACACUCAGCUGCAUCACCAACUCUGUUAAAUCAGUUUGAUAAAAAGUCUCUAAAAACAAAUGAAACAACUUAAUAAAAAGUGAAAUCUCCAGAGUGCAAAAGCAAAGUGCAUUACACUUCACUUUGAAAAGGGCACAUAACUUAACUCCAGCUCUGCUCUGCACACAGGAAACAGACCAGUUGGAUAAAAUAGGAAGUUCUUUGCAAAACCCUUCACACCCAUUUGCAUCAAGCAGAAACAGGUGCAUCAUUUCUCUGACUGUGCAAAAUGUCUCAAACCCAUUUUAAACCCUUAAAGAUUCACAACGUGCACACUUUUACAAGUUAUAACAAAAGUGCACAGUUCUGCAAAAAAUAGGAUUCAUCAAAACACGCACACUGACUGUUUCCAUCCACCGUGUCGCUGUUUCUGAACGAACGCUGAGAGCUCUGAUGUUGAACCUGCAUUUUUGUUUCUCUGUUGUUGCAGGAUGUCUGAGGGGGUCCACCCCCGCCUCCUGACUUCCUCUUCACUUCCUGUACUACAGUGAGAACUUCCUGUACCUUCACCUGACUGGCUGGAGCCUUCACCUGUCUGUUUCACACUCCGACACCCACCAUGACCUGCUGACAUCACCUGCGCCUGGCACCCCUUCCCCUUCUCUCUCUCCGACAAAAUGGCCCAGACCGAUUGGCUGUCACCGUGGCGGCAGCUGCCACUGAUGCUGCUGCUCAUUCUCACUUUCCGUUUCCUGUGUGAGUCGGCCUCGACCACGCCCUUCCCCAAAGACCUGGAGCCAAUCAACGUGGUCAGCUCGGAGCAGUCGUAUCAAUAUCCAGGGUUUCAGGGUUUGCUUCAGGACAACGACACCCUGCGUCUGGGCCUGGACUUUCAGAGGAUGUUACGCAUCAACCACAUGUUGUACAUCACUGCCAGAGAUCACGUGUUUGCAGUGAACCUGACGACGGCUUCAGAGGAGUUCGUUCCUCAGCUGAAACUGACGUGGAAGUCCAAAGACGUCAGCAAGUGCACGGUCAGAGGGAAGAACAGCGACGAGUGCUACAACUACGUCAAAGUCUUGGUCCCCAGAAAUGACGAGACCCUGUUCGCCUGCGGCACCAAUGCCUUCAACCCCACCUGCCGAAACUACAAGAUGACGUCGUUGGAGCAGGUCGGGGAGGAGGUGGUCGGUCAGGCUCGUUGUCCCUUCGAGUCCGGUCAGUCAAACGUUGGACUGUUCGCCGGGGGGGAUUUCUAUUCGGCCACCAUGACGGACUUCCUGGCCAGCGACGCCGUCAUCUACAGAAGCCUGGGAGACGGCCGACCCGUCCUCAGAACCGUCAAGUACGACUCCAAGUGGCUCCGAGAACCUCACUUCCUGCAUGCCAUCGACUAUGGUAACUACGUCUACUUUUUCCUGAGUGAGAUCGCAGUGGAGUACACCGCCCUGGGCAAGGUGGUGUUUUCUCGGGUGGCCCGCGUCUGUAAGAAUGAUAACGGUGGAUCCCCCAGAGUUCUGGAGAGAUACUGGACUUCUUUCCUCAAGGCUCGUCUGAACUGUUCAGUUCCUGGAGAUUCCUUCUUCUACUUUGAUGUUCUUCAGUCUCUCACCAACGUGCUGCAGAUCAACCAGAGACCUGCUGUGGUCGGGGUCUUCACCACUCAGGCCAACAGUAUCCCUGGCUCUGCAGUCUGUGCUUUCUACAUGGACGACAUAGAGAAAGUCUUCAAUGGGAAGUUUAAGGAGCAGCGGACCAGUGACUCGUCCUGGACUCCAGUCCCUGAUGAGCAGGUUCCCAGACCAAGACCUGGUAUGUGCGCAGGCGAUGGUCCGGCUGCAGACUACAAGUCAUCGGUUCAGUUUCCAGAUGAGACGCUGACGUUCAUCAAGUCGUAUCCUCUGAUGGACGAAGCUGUUCCCUCCGUUAACGACCGGCCCUGCUUCACCAGGACCUCCAGCAGGUCCAAGUUGACCCAGAUCGUGGUGGACGUUUCGGCCGGUCCCUACAAGGAUCGGACGGUGAUGUUCCUGGGCUCAGAUGAUGGACGAGUCCUGAAGGUUUUGGCGAGUACACAUCCCAACGACAGCUUCGGAUCCAAACUGCUAGAGGACAUAGACGUCUACAACCCGUCAAAAUGCAACGUUCAGGGCCAAGAGGACAGGAGGGUUCUGGGACUGGAGCUGGAUAAGGACCAUCAUGCUUUGUUUGUAGCUUUCACCAGCUGUGUCAUCAGAGUGCCGCUCAGCCGCUGCACUCAACAUGGAGCCUGUAAAAAAGCCUGCCUGGCCUCUCGUGACCCAUACUGCAUCUGGCUGCGGACUGGGAGCUGUGCCAACAUGGCGCCGGGUUUCAAGGCGGGGUUUGAACAGGAUAUCGAGGGCGACCACUCGUUUCACCCAGACAGCUGCCACGCCGACGUCUUGGCGACAACACGGAACCAGGAGUCUGGAGCCGACUCCGCCUACGGUGUUCGUCGUCUUCCAGAGAUGGACCAGCGUGCCGGGGCGAACGUCCACUACACCCUCCUGAUCGCCUGCGUGCUAGUGGCUUUCUUCCUGGGCGCAAUCCUGUCCGGCUUCCUGGUGUCGUGUUACUGCAGCCGCAGCGCCGCUCACCGGGCGAGAAGGCUGGGAAAAGACCCCGAGGCAUCGCUGCCCCACGCUCUGUCGCUGCGAUCCCUCGCCAAGCUCAACGGACUGCUGGACGGGCAGCCCAAGGAAGACAAACUGGACGUGUCCACUCCAAAGAUGUACAGCUCCUUUAUCCCCAACGGCAGAGCCGAGCCUCAUCUCCACACCCCCGGACAUCAGGGCCUGCCGCUGGGAGACCCUGACCUCAGCCUCUCCCAGUCCCUGUCACAGGGUGAUGGAGAGCUGUCCGGCCUGCCCACACCUGACUCCACCCCGGAAUUGCCCAUCAAGAACAUGAAGGCCCUGCGACACCAUCAAUACGAGAAGAACCAGAACUGCAACAAUGCCAAGGACAGCAACCCGAAAUCUGGGCCCAGCUGCUCUGGAUCCAGUCUGGGUUUCAUGGCCGUCGUUGGGAACUCUUUGACCCAGCAGGUGUUUCCCUACUCUCAUCACCAGGGCAACAGUCUGAGCAACGGAGCGGCCCAUGGAGCGGGGGCUUCUUCGACUUCGCUGCACCUCCCCGAGGAGAGGAAGAUCUCGAAUGACGAGCGAGCAGCAGCAGCAGUAGGUGGAGGCGCAGGAGGCGGGGGAGUACCCCAUCAUCACCACUCCCAGCAGUCUCUCCCCCAAACGGUGGUGGAUGUGUCGGCGCUGGACGAGCUGCUCAAACACAUCCACGAGGUCAGCGCGUCGGGAACUGGAGGCAUCAAGGUUCUCACUUCCACCUCCUCGUCUGCACUGUUUCCCGGGCCAUCCUCGUCCGCCUCUGGAGGGCAUCAUCAUCAUCACCAUCAUCAUCACAGCCACCACAGCCAGACGCGCACCCACCACUACAACCACAGCCAUCACCACAGCAACCACCACAACAACAACAGCAGCAGCAGUGGCGGCGCCGGCGGGGGUGGUCACCAUCACCAGCAGCAAAUCCCCGAGACUGAAUCGGCUUCGUACUACAGCACCUCCACGCUGCCGAGGGACGGCCUCCCCAAACGUCUGGACCCACCUCCUCAAAGCUCCACCUCAUCCUUCGCCACCUCCUCUUCUUCCUCCUCCUCAUCCUCCAACAAUCCCACCUCCUCCACCUCCAUCCCUUCCUCCUCCUCUUCCUCCUCCUCGACUCCGCUCCAGCAGCAGGUGAUUCCAGAGAGACCCGGAGGAAGCGGCGUCUCUGUGACACGCCACCACUCCCAGCGCCACUCCCUAAUAAAGAUGGGCAGCGGGGGUGGUGCCGUGCCUCGCCAUCACAGCUUCAACCAACGGGGGCCUCAGCAUGCACACUUUCUAGCCAGGAUGAACACCAACAGCAGCAGCAACGGACCCCCAGGUGCGAACGGGGAAGCUAAUGCAAACGCCAGUACCAACGGUGAGAGUCAGCGGCCGUCGAUCGCCAGUGCCUGCCUGACACGGCAGCACAGUUACAGCGAAGGGCCACAUGUGCAGCGGGCGGCAAUCGUCCGGAGAACAGCUUCGCUCAAACCCCAAGUCCCGCCCAAACCCUUGUUCCUGCCAAACACAGCAACAUCACCGGUAGCAGAGGCAGGAAAGUACAACUACUGAGACAAUGGGAGGAGGUGACGCCACUGCACCGUGGCUGCUGCAGUCCUCACUGAGUGAAGCACCCCGAUAUGUCUGCAGGGCCUGUGAGAAAUGACAAAAUGAGAGCAUUGAUGGGACAGAAAGACACGGAAGAGACCUCAGAGCUUUUUGUCCCCAUCACUCCUCAUUAUGACCCUUCAGUUGUGGUUAUUUUCCCGCCGCCGCUGAGAGGAUGCCGCCCCCCCACCCCCUGAGUCACGACCGCUGCAUUGUAGCUGCUCCGCUCGCAGAGCGCAGCCCUGAACGGAGCCGCACGGACUGACACUCCGAGGAUCAACAAAUAAACAGGAUCUCUGACUCAUUUCUUCGGGCGGUCAGGGCCGCUCGUGGCGACUUUCCCCUCACCACAGACUGCAGAUCAAACCCGACUCAGACGUGUCUGAGAAACAUUCCAAAAGCAGGCCGAGAGAUGUUAAUGAUUCAGAAGGGGUCCCCAAGGCUCGAGGUGGCCUGAAAAAUUCUUGAUUAAUGCAGUUUUCUUAUGAGUGCUUUGAUCUAAUGUCCCCGGUUGUUGCACUUUGGCACAGGGCCCAGAUUUCAUUUGCAAAGAUUCAUAAAAGCAGGGAAUCGGACUGCUGCAGACCUGACGUGAACUGAAUCUGGGACCGCUGGGACAUCUCUCCAGGAAUAGGAAUCAAACAAUAGCAUUUCUUUCCACAGGAGAAAUCAAACAAAAAUCAUAUUUAAAAAAAAAAAAAAAGCCCAGGGGGUAAUUCCUUUCUUUGCCUCUGAAGUCUGUUUGUCCCUCUGAAUGUGGUCUGGAAAAUUGAAAUUAAAAGGAGGGUUUUACUCAACUUUUCUGUGAAAAAACUGAGUUCAAAAGGAGGAAACAAAACUGCAACGAGGUUUUUGUUUUCACGACUGAGACUUAAAGUUGACGGGACGUUGGAGAGAUGGAGAUUUUUGUAUACCGACACAUCAGCAGCACGUGAUGAGAAAAAGAGUAAUGCUUCAUGAGCUAAAUAUCAGAUCAGCCACAGUGAUUCAGAUCAGAGCAGCGAUCUCUUUCCACCCUGACAGUACAUACAUACCAGAUGAAUGUCCUUUUUUAUACCAUAUUGGUAUCUGAAAAACAAACACAGCAUUAAUGGAGCCCAAUAGGUGAUUGAGGGGGAAAUAUCUGAUGAAUUAUUUCCUCAAAUGACUCAUUCAUGCACUCAUUGCUCUUAAUACGGCUUCAAUUCAGUCAUUUGUAUGUUCAAAUGACUUAAUUGAUUCUCUUGAAUUAAUAAUUCCCCGCAAAUGACUUAAUUUGCCCCCUCCACAACCUCAAGUGCUGAAUUUUAUGAACUGGCUGACAUCUGCAGGAUCGAUACAUGUCGAUGUUUAAAAGGAUGCGAAAGAUAAAAUCAAACUGUAUGAAAUGCAAGAGCUCUGCAGGGUAUUGAUUAAGUUAUUUGACGGAAUUGUUUAUAAAAAAAAAAAAUCUCUCUCGUUACCUGCUGAGCUCCGUAGUUUUGAGUGGUACAACAGUUGUACCUGCCCUAACUGAAACAACAGCUCACAGAAUGAAAAGUGUAAUAAAAUCUGGUCUUUUUUUUUUUUUUUUUUUCUUUUUCAAUGUCACUUUUAAGAUCACUCAAAUUACAACAAGACUCACACUUACCUCUGUUACAGUGGUUUCAACAGUGGGUACAAGGGUCGGUCAAGGGUCAUUCAUUUUACUGGAGAUUUUGCAAAAUUAAAUAAUUUCUUUUAUCACAAUUUUAUAUUGUGUUACUAAAUGUGUCAGAAAGAAAAGAAUAACAAUAAACCGAAAAACUGAUUGAUUAAUUGAGGAAAUCACUGGCAGAUUAAUUAGUAAUGAAAAUAAGAAUUUCUUGCAGCCCUAGUCGAGACAUUUCAAUCUGGACCAACGGACAAUACCUAUGGCUAAAAAGACCAGUUAAUGACGUGGUUGAAAACCAUUUUUGGAACCACUGCUCGGGUAGCAUCUAGCUGAGCAGAUAGUUUUGGUUUCACCGGAUCAGGUUUUGAGACUUUUGUGUCUCAGAUUCAGGGGAGGAUCCGCUUUUCCAUUAACUUGCAUAACGCAAUUUGAAGUUUCAACCUAAAAAGUCAUGGAAACACGUGAAUUUUGAACAAAAAAAAAAAAAACAAUUCCAAUUCUAAGCUCACAGGUGGUUUUUCAGACUACUCGACAAACAAUAUUUUGCAAGUGUAAUGGAAAUACUUUUUCCGCAUUUAAAGCACAUGACAUGAGUUGACACAUGGCAUCCAAAGACUGUCAUCUCUCAAAAAUCCCUGGUACAUGGCCGCUGCCAGAUAAAGAGAUUUGACUUUCUGUCAUCACGUGCACCAGAUGCCCUCAUUACCUUCAAUUAAACAGCUACUGCCAUGGAUGCAAUCGUCCCAACAAUUCGCAGAUGCUGGAAAUCCAUCGUCGCGUUUAAUUGGAAUGAUAUUGUGAGACAAGAAAAACCCAGCUUUGUUCACAUAACAUCACUCAAUGGAAACACAGAACAUUUGUAAUCGUGUUUUGUUGACUUUUCAAAAAAAAAAAAUCACACAAAACUGCGAUGGAAACGUGGCUACUGUCUCUGAAAAUCCAGUGGACAAAUAAAACCCGAGCUAUCUGCAUAUAUAGAUGCCGCCAGAGGAGAGUAAGAACAUACAGGAGUAUUUCUGUGAAUGUUUUCAUUCACUUUGACAGACUCUCUGGUUGAACCCCAGUCUGCUGCUGACUACAGUCUGUGGGAGUGUUUCAUCACAGAUGGUCUAAAAAUACUGACUGUGAGGAGAAUCUGCCGUUUCCUGUUUUACUUUUACCUCGCAGUGUUUAUCAGUGGUCUGGAACACUUUUUCAUUCUGUGGCUGUUUCCUAUGUUUGGGCUCUGGUCAAAUGGUAACAGUAUAAUGCAUAAGGCAACAUUUCGAGGCAACGGAAACGAGCAACACUGCCUGCAACAGCAAUAAAAGUUGGUGACUUUUUGGGACAUAAUCCCUGUAAAUAAAAUACUGAGCUGCAUGGAACUAAAGCACUGAUGGUGAAUUCAAACAGCUGACAGAGUUGACCGUCCGUGUUGCCUCAACAUGUUGCCAUGCAGGUUUGAAACUUUUUGGAAAACUCUCGGCCAAGAAUAAUUUUUAAAGACGCACCCCGGUGGUUCUGCACGUUUUAACCCGUUAUCUGCGUACAUGACAUUAUAUUACUGUAGACCAUGUUCCAAGAGCUGAUUACUCCCAGAUUUUAGAGAUCAGUAAGUGUUAAUGUCAGUAUAUGCUCAGGUAGCACCUGAACUGUGUCACAUGUCAGGAAGAAACAGUGGAACAGUUUAAAGCCACGAAAACAAUCCUCAGUGACUGAGUCGUAACAGAAAGGAAAAGUACUCACCUUUUCUUUUACUGCUGAAACUGUGUUAUUGUCGUGUAAAGCAGCUGAGUGGUGCGUUCAGGGAGACGCCGAUAUUUGACACUUUAUAAAAUCCUGUAAAAAAAAAUUAAAAUUAUUAAUUAAAUAUAUCAUUAUAAAAUCAAUCAAAACCAGAACACAAACAAUAGGCAAACAUGGACAUUAUAAAUUUAAGCAUUUACAUAUAUAUAUAUAUAUAUAUAUGUACUCAAACUGUGUUCAAACUUCCUUGAUGCAUCGACUGGAGGAGUUUUGAGAUAAAGUCCCUGCAGGUGGCUGCACAUACCCAUAAUAGGGUUUUAGGUCUACAGGGGCAAAACUGUUGAAGAAGAAUAACACUAACAAAAAAAAACUGCAACACUCAAGUAGAGCUGAAAGGAUUAGUUGAUAGCAUACAGUUAUGGUCUGGGACAUUUCAGCGAAAAAUAUCAUUUUUUGUGCAUGUUGUAACAUGACUGCACAAUGCAUUGAAUUAUUUAAUUCAAGCCUUUGUUUUUGCAUGAUGCUUAACAUGUCUAAAUCGUGGAAACUGAGUUGUUACAACCUCCACAGAAAAUCCUUCUUUUCAGUCAAAAAGUAAGACACAAGUAGCUCAACUGUUUUGCAAGUUCAAAUUGUUAACUGUCCCUCAACCUUUAUUUUUGGACACUACAGCCUGUCUGAAUGAUGAGGUCCACUUAAGCUUUUUCCAAGGCUUUCUUCCUCAUGGUCUUCCUCCGCGAAUGGAGUUUGCUCAGUUGUCAUCCCCUAAAUAGUAGCCUGCAAUACUGAACCUGGGGCAGGGAAUAACAGGUGAUUAUACUACGUGGGUGGAUCAUAACCAUUGACUCCGAUCUCCAUCUGCUGAAUUGUGGUUGAAAGUCCUGGAAAAGUUAGAAAGUAGACAAUGAGUAUUUCUCUGUAAAAGCUGUUUCGAAGUCGAGGCUGAACUUCCACUCUGAAGAGUUUCUUUAAUUACAGACUAUAACAUGCAACACAGCAGUAUGAUCAGUGACUCCAUGAAAUCCAGAGGGGAACUGAAGCCUUCUGAAGUAUUAAAACAGAAAAGUGACUCGCAGGUGAUGAGGCAUUUGAUGUCUGUUACUAAACAAACUUUUUUUCAGCCAGCUUUUGAGUGAGUUUGGUUCCCAGCUGCCGGUGAACCAGAUAAACAUCCAGCAGCCGGUUUUAGUUUUAUCUGACUCGCUCAGCUGUGCUGGACACACACUCCCGGCACAGAUUAAGCAAUAACGAAGCUGCGGUGAUGUUGCAGCAGAGUGUUAGUGAAGUAUCCCCGUCUGCUGUGGGCAGGGUGAGCAGGCUCUGCACCAAAUGAUGCAACUUUAACUUCGUCAGCUCCAAAUGGUCGAGUGAGAGAAAGUAAAAUCUGGGAUGUAAAGCACCCGCUGAAAGAGUCGUGCUGUAAAAGUCGCGUUUCCAAACUAGACUGAGGGAUCUCUUUGUUCAGAUUUAAUAAAAAGGCGACAAAGCAGCAGUUUCAUAUUGAUUUAUACUUCAUGUAAAGGGGAAAUUUGUGACACGGUCGGUGUUUGAGGAGAUUACAUCAUCCUCUUUCAUCCUCGACCCGGAUCUCUCAGCUGACUGCAAGUGUUUGAUAGUUAUCAGAGAUUAGUGUUGUUCUGGUCACUGGGUAGAAGCUGCCUGCAUGAAUCAAAGUCUAAAUUAACGGGCUGUGUUCACAUGAGAACAGUGAAUCUGAUCCUCAACUCUUGGUGGCAGAUCUGAUAGUUUCUACAGAGGAAGAAAUAACAUUUUUAAAAGGUUGGAUUACAAUGUGAAGGUCAGUUCUGUGCCACAGAAGAGGUUCUGAGUCUGGUCUUCUUGUGCACUUUAAACCGGUGUACUGCUGGUUUCGAAACAUGUACCCCAUUUAAUACAGAUUGCAAAUACUUAGCAUUACUUCUGACCAAUGCUUCAAACCAAGCACUUUGUAGAUUCAUUUCCUUCCAUUCUUCUCUAUGGAAAUCAACAUGCAGAGACUCUGAGAUAGAACUUACAUGUCUGUGUGUGGUUAUGCAGUUCCAAGCAAUAACCAUCUUGUCUUUGUUGGUGCAUUCAAGAACCCUCUGAUUUCUGAGACGUCACAGUCAGCUGGUGAAAUAUGCUGCUGGAUUUUUAAAUCUAGGAGACAAACAUUAAUAUACAUGGAUUUCAGGGUAAAUUGAUUGGUUAAAGAAAAUUAAAUAGUUUCUGUUGGGCAGUCUUCGCAGCAACACCAACAUGAUGAGUUUUCGGUCUUUUCUCUUAAACUGCAUCACCCAAAAGGACAAGUGAUAAAUAUAACUUACAAAGUGUACUGUCUGUGCAGAAUGAAGGAAGGAAGGAAGGAAGGAAGGAAGGAAGGAAGGAAGAAUUUGGCUUUCCUUCUGGCUGUGAGAUGUGGUUGAAAGCUGAGGAAAAAGCCAGCAAUUGGAGCUUAAACUGAGAUUAGUACUGAAACUAUGAGUCAAGUCAUUAAAUGGUCUUCUGACAGAAUAUUAACUGUAAGCAAUUUUGAUAAUUGGUUAAUCAUCUGAGUCAUUUUUUAGCAAAAAACAACUAAAUACUGUAAACUGAAUAUCUUUGUUUUUCAGACAAAAAAAGGAUUUGAAUGCCAUGUUGGAAACUGUGAUGGGCAUUUUUCACUGGCUAAAUGAAAAAAUGAGGAAAAAAAAACAACAAACAGAUUAAUGGAAAAUGAAAACAAUCAUUGGUUGCAGCCCUUAUUUAGAUAAUUUUGUUUAAAAAUAAUUAAUUAACGUAAAACUGUCACAGAACAAAUUGGCAUCGAUUGUCUCCUCAAAUCUGUAAUUUUUGAAUUUCUAAAUUUAAAGGAGCUAUUUGUAAGUUUGGCUAUUGCUGCAUUUUCCAUGUUAGCAUUAGAAACAUUGUGAGUUUGACAUCAAUCUUCAUUCAUUUACUCACCACCAGCUGUCUCCGGAGGCUGAAAGCAACUCCAGUGUUAACUCUUGUUUCUAUCACGUCUUUUCCUCUACUGAAGUUAGCAUGCUAACUUGCUAGCCCCGGCCCAUCCCGUGACUUUCUUAUGGUAACACACUGUAGCCCCCAGUCUGACAUGAAGAAGUAAUGCUGCUCAGAGGACGUAUUAGAACCUCUUGUCUUGUAAAUGCAACGAUGGCUGAAGCUCUUGUCAAGAAACAAUCACUACCACCCACUCGCGGCAAGACACCAUGUUCAGCAGCAAAACUUACAAAUAGCUCCUUUAACAUUUGGCUUCUUUCAAUGUAUGAAAACAAGUGUUUUGUGGGGAAAAAAGGUUCUUAUAUUUCCAAGUAUCACUUUGGUAUCAAUGCAGAAACUCAAGCACCGAUACCCAAUCCAAGAAAAUGGUCUGUGGCAUUAUAAAGACAAGGCAACUUGUGGCUAACUGGCUCUAAAAACAAAACAAUGAACACAUACCUGUAUGGUCCUUUAAAUUGGCCUUUCAGCAGUAUUAUUACCUUCACACUGAACAGCCUGAAGAUAUAGACAGCCAGUCUCGUUUCCCAGAAGCUACAAUGAGUUGAGGGUACAAAAGAAGUAUCAGCUCAGUAUUUUUCACUCCACUGUACACAGAGAAGAGGUCAUCUUUUAUAAAUGCUUUCACACUGAAAUCCAUGUGUGGUCUGGUCCAGUAAAGAACAGAAAUCAGAUUUUGAAAGAGAACACGAAGAGGUCUGCAUUCAUAGACACAACACAGACAAAAUGAGGAACAGGAAUCUCCAUCUGAAAUGAAUAAAAACUGUUGAAAGGGUUUUGAAACUUAAUUAAAAGAAGAGGCUGCUCAUCUAUGAUCUGACUAACUCGUCAAUGGUCCUUUAGGAAUGUUUUCACUGGGUGCUACUAUUGGGACGCUGCAGAAAAUAAACACUACAGAUCAUUUUAUUAAAGGGUUUUUGUAUGAGGAUGCACUUGUAACCUUGAAAAUAAAUUUGUUUAUUAAUUUCGUGGUUCUCAGUUCCCAUCCUCUAAACGUGCUCUCUGUGAGGGGGAACAGAGACGCUGUCAUCACUGAUAGACUCACAGCGCCACCCGCUGGGCCACACCAGAAUGACAAUGUAAUAAUGUCAAAAGAUAUUAUGUUUACCUUACUGCUAUUAAUUAACAAUGUGGAUGAUGGUGUAAAUAAAGGCUACUGUGGAAUAUUA